GUGCAUGUCAGCACAAAAUGGAAGGCUAUAAAACUGAGUUUGAAAGCUUCCAUUAUUUUAAACUAGCCAUUUGAAUAUGAAGUGCAAAAAUCCUAAUUGUAAAGAUCCAAGCUAUUUGGAUAAAUUGGGAUCGUUGCCUUCAGAAUUUAAGUGGUGCCCAAUAUGUGGUUCGGCGAUAGGCGAAGACACAACUUUCAAUGGAGACGCAAAAGAUAUCCAAGCUACAAUCACUCAAUCUACCGAGAAUGUACAAGCUUCCUCUAGCGAAAGUGCUGUGCAAAAAAUAUCUGAUGAGAAAGCACAGGGAACAACAAUAACAGAUGAAAAAUCUUCUGAAAAAGCAGCAGACUCUGCAACAAUGGAUGGAAAAACAACAGAAUCUACACCAGGAAUUGCUGGAACAACAACACCAGUAAUAGGAGCAGCAGAAAAUAAUGAAACAACAACAGAAGAAACAAAGACACCAGUUACAACAACAACACAAUCAAAAGCAUCAACAGAAGCAACGACAGGAGAAACAACAUUAGAAGCAGCAACAACAGGAACAGUAACAUUACAAGCAGCACCAAUAACAGAGACAAAAUCACAAGCAGUAACAACAGCAGCACCAGAAACAAUAACAACAGGAGCUACAGCAUCAACACAAACAACAACAGGAAUACCAACUUCAGAAGGAACAACAGCAAAUGGAACAGCAACACCAACACUAACUUCAGAAGCAACAACAGCAGAUGGAACAACAGCACCAAUGCCAACUUUAGAAGCAUCAACAUCAGAUGGAACAACAACACCAACACCAUCUUCAAAAGCAAUAACAGCAGAAACAACCGCACCAACACCAUCUUCACAAGGAACAACAGCAAAUGAAAAAACAACACCAACACCAUCUUCAGAAGCAACAACAUCAGAUGGCACAACAACACCAACACCGUCUUCAGAUGGAACAACAGCAAAUGGAACAAAAACACCAACACCAUCUUCAGAAGCAACAACAGCAGAUGGAACAACAACACCAACGCCAACUUCAGAUGCAACAACAGCAGAUGGCACAACAACACCAACACCAUCUUCAGAAGCAAUAGCAGAUGGCACAACAACACCAACACCAUCUUCAGAAGCAUCAACAGCAGAUGGCACAACAACACCAACACCAUCUUCAGAAGCAAUAGCAGAUGGCACAACAACACCAACACCAUCUUCAGAAGCAUCAACAGCAGAUGGCACAACAACACCAACACCAUCUUCAGAAGCAAUAGCAGAUGGCACAACAACACCAACAUCAACUUCAAAGGAGACGACAUCAGAUGGAACAACACCAACAACAAUUUCACAAGCAAAAAGAACAUCAACAAUAGAAAUUACAACAGCAAUGACAGCUGCUGCAAAAACAAAAACGACAGCAACAACACAAUUAUCAAAGUCAGCAACAACAACAUCUACAGUAACAACUACAACAGCACUGUCGGUGCCAACAGCAACCAAAGCACCAUCAUCAUCAUCAUCAACAGCAACAACAACCACAAUAUCAUCAUCAACAAGAACUUCAACAAUGGCAACAUCAACCAAAGAGAAUGAGAAACCAAGUGGUCAAACCCCACCAGACAACAAAGGAAAUCCUCCACCUACACGUAAUGACUGCAUGAGAGUAGUCUUUCACGCCUUGUUGUCUCCUUACUUUGAUUUCAAGCCAAACGAAGGUGAUAAGAUAAUAGUUUGUGGUGAACUUUCACAUGACAAAAACUGGAUGAAAGAACAAGUGCAAAUGUCUCCAGUCAGAUAUGACAACGGAUAUGUGCUUAUAGCUGGUGGGACAGAAAUUCCGUUGAGAUUAGCACGCAACAAACUGCCCUAUAAAUACGUCGUAGUAAAACAGGGAGACAAGAAACCCAAGUACUUAUGGGAAGAAAUAAUUAAUCAUCCAUCAUUCAAAGGGGUUCAUACAAAUCGAUGUUUAGUUAUACCUGAAAAAUUUCAAAGACCAGAUGGAAUAUGGCAUCAAUUUGACGAUGCGGUCUAUAGUCAAUCGAAAACAUGGAGUUCGCUUAUCAACUUUUUCACAUCCAACUUUCCAAGCCCAGCCUUAGGGCGAUAUUUUGCCAUGAGGAUGAUGCUCCCAGAGUGGGAUUCUUUUUACAUCGAAAGAACAAACGCAACAUUUAAGGGUUCUGAGGCUUUAGAAAUUGUCAACCAAGUUAUCUACUGCAUGGAAAACAAGAUGAUUUCAACCGGCAGUCAUGUUCAAAAUCUUGAAUUCAAAGACUUUUCAAUGGAGCAGGCUUUGUUGAAUUACAUUGAACCAAGGCUGCAUUUCAAUAUAUCAGUACAAACAAGUACCGAAGAGAACGUCCAAGCACAUAGGCUCGCUACAUCUUUGGCUAUUACUGCGAUUAUUAGCAGUGCUAUGGAUAGACAUACAGCUUAUCAUCCAUCAAGAGAUUACUUGAUGACUCUGUUUCGCAGUCUUGCCAUUGACGUAGUAUUGAGCCCUCAGAAGCUGCAGAGGAUCUUAGAAAGGCUUGCAAAAUAUUACUCCAAGGAUAGUUUGAAGUCCAGAUUUUCAGAAAGUAUCUUGCGCUUGUGUCAGUUCACAAUCAAUGAGUACCCGGACAUCUAUGAGUGGCUUCUUGCAAUACCAUUGGUUCAUUUAUUGACUGAAUCUUGUAAACCGCACAUUGUCCCUCUUCCCUUGACUGACACUGCUGCUCUGCAGGAGAAAUUAUGUUGGGGAACAUAUAACCUCGAUCUGGCAACCCUACAUGCAUCAGCGUGGCCAUGGCAGAGGUCUACUCUUGAGUUCCUCCCACAAGUGAAGCCGUUGUUUGAUCUGGACCCACUGCUGCAAAGAACCUUUUUGCUCAGUUUGCCUCUCGUCAGUCUUGGAGAAUGCGCGCAAAGAGCAGGCAUUCCUCCUCACGAAGUCUGUUGGGCUUUGGCAAGAUUCCUUCAUGAUAAGAGCACGCAGUAUAUUUCACAAGAGGAGGMAUYAUCCAUYGACUACUGUAGGAASUCUAURUCUGAAGCACUKGAACAAASCARKGGWACCAAUGAUGGGAAACAAGAACCAAUUUACAACGAAGUGGAACUUAGAUCUCUUUCUAUCGCUUUACUUCAAGUAAUAGACAGAUUUCUCGCGAUGUUUAAGGACAACAUCAAUUUUAUCUGUGGUUUUCUCAAYGUUUUGGCCAAGACUUUGACGAUGCUUAAAACAUCMUGUUYAUCCACAAAUGGAGACAAUGUUGGAAAAGAUGGAGAAAAGUCAAAUGAUGAGUUUUCCAAGAAACACUUUGAAGAAGCUCUCAAUAAAGUUAUUCAUGGUCUUGAAAGAUUCUUUACCGGGAAGUUUUUUGAUGCAACUUCUACAUACAGCAACGAAGAACUGUUGGUUUAUUCRAAGCUUUACGCAACGGAAAUUUCAGACGAAGUGUUGCUCGAAGUUUGGAAAGGUGGUCUGACCAAACACGUCGCUUCACGUUUCGACAAGAUGGAUGAUAUGAAGAAAAUUGAAUUCUACUCAAAGCUAGAUUUCAACAAAUUGGAUAAAGAACUGGAGUCGUUUUUUAAGGAUACUGCCUUUGAUGCUGUGAAAAACAUAACUGAGAGUGCACGAACGUCUAAUGAAGCUUUCAAUCAGUUAAAAAGGGAAGGAGUGUCCAAAAAAGUUGGUGAAUUGCUGUCACUAUUGAUGAGACAAUGCUGGCCCAAAAAUGCUGAAGAGGAGUUAGGWCUGCUGGAGCAUAUCUUAACAUGGAAACCAUUCGCAGACUACCUUGGUUUUUUCAGGAGAGAUCCUGAGAACUUUUCUGAUGAGUGCAAGUGUCUGCUCACACAGGCUAUAUCCCUUCUUGAUACAAUAAGGGACAGGAUAUCGAGUGGUAGCAUUAAAGUCAACACAUUACGAGUUAUUCAGAAGAAUAAGGAAAGAUUCUUAGAACUUGUUACCCAAAGCAAUCAAGAGAUGGAAGAAGACGACAACGAGGACGAGGAUGAGGAUGAGGACGACGACGACGACGACGAGGUUGAACGAAAUCCUGUUUCUGAAAACCUCCAAGGAACUCUCGAUCUGCUGGAAAUGUUUGAAAAAGAGCUGAACGAAUUAAAAUCAUUCUUGAAAAUCUCCUUUAUCAUCCGAAAUGUGGAUGUACAAGACAUUAAACAGAGGGCCGACAUUGAUGUAUCAGAACACGAGAUUCAAAAAUUGGCAGUGCAUUUGCAUUAUCCACAAAAAAGGGUCCAAGUUAUAUUCUUCCAAAUUUCCGAAGAAUUAAAAGAAAUGGUAAGGAAACUGCAUGUCGUCUUCCCAAGUGAAAUUUUUCAAAACGUUUGGAAGGAAAAUUUGAAAGAUGCCAAACAAGACAUUGGAAGUGGUAAAAUGACACUGGAAAGAGUUUUAGAGUCAAUCUGGAACCCGACAUACCGCGAAUGUCGUGAACUACUUUCUUCAGUGUUCAGAGAUGAAAUCCUCUUGAAAGAUGUGGAUCACUACUUUCAAUCGUUCGAAAACCGCUACCAAAACCUUCAACAAAACUUGUCUAUCCUUUCUGAAGCAUGUGACAUAAAAGUUGAAGAAGAAGAUGUUCUUAGUCAAGUGCAAAAGAUUGAGAGAUACCAUCGUAGAAAAGCUUGCAUUCAUACUGCUGAGAAGGUAUUAGAGUUCCAGGAAAAAAUGGAGCUCGAUAUAGGUGGAUUUGAAGUCGUGGAGGAAUUGCUUCUUCAGAUGAGUCCCGAGUCCAAACAGGAACCGUUACAUUCGUUGCGAGAUGACUUCCCUGAAAUAGAAGAACGCCUACAAACAUUAUCUGAUGGGAUAAUAGACUGUCUAGAUGCUGUCAUGGAAUCAAAGGAAUUCUUCGCAUGGCUGAAAAGAGAAAUUCCUGAACCAAGUGAGGUCAAAGUCUUAGUCGACCUAGCAAUGAUAUCCGCUGGAGAAGGCGACAUGGAAAGCGAUCGCAUUAGAGCAUUGCACACAUCGACUGGAGCAUUUAAGCCAAUCAUUUACGACCUUAAGGAAGAACAUGACUUUGAAGAAUUGAUGAAGCUAUGUAAUGGAAUUGGGAGAGCUCUGGAGGAGAACCCAACUUUGCCCGAGCAAUUGCGUGACACAAGCRGGAACCUUGAAUGGAUCAAGAAUGUCAAAGACUUCCACGGCUCUGCUGCCAUGUCAUCUCUUAUGCAAGUCGAAACAAUUCUCGACAAAGGUACUCUUACGAUUGGAWWUAACAGCAAUGAUGAUGAAUUAGACAUGGAGGAUGUCAUAAGUGUGAGAUUCCCAAAUGGAACAACCAAAGGACUACCAAAAGAGACUUACACAUUGGAAGAUUUGAGAGACUUGCAGAGCAAACUGAUGCUUAUUGCUGGAAAAGCAUCAGGUAAAAAGGAAGUGGUGGAUAAGUUUAAUGAGGUCUUACAAGGAGCGAUUACAGUAGGCGCAGUGUACCUUAGGCUGUGCGAGGCUGGAGAAGUAAGCCAUCUCGAUUGGAAAGAAGAGUUUCCUUGUGCGAGCAGAACUGGAAGACACAACGUAACUGAUGUUCUGAAAGAUACGAGUGAUAACCUAACGAAUUAUUUGAAGGCAUGGAUAGCAGUGUUGGAAGUGCAAAGAAUGGAGAACAAUGAAUUAAACUACUUCACUGCAAAACAGCUCUUAUAUCUACGAAAAGAGAUCGCAGACUUGAAAAGAGGAAGAGAUUUUGGAUCGCUUGAAGUGCAG